AUGGCACCGGUUCUAUGCUACUUGCUUCUCCUAUGGCUCUCCUGCCACUGGACAGCAACCACUGAAACAACCAAGGAAACUCUGCAGGUGAUCCAAGUCACAGAAUCCCAGCAAGUUUCUUUGUCCUGCGGUCUGGAUCAUUCUCUGACUUCAGGUGACUUAGAUCUGAUCUGGCUUGGUCCAAAAAGGAAUGAAUUGCUGUAUGUAAAUAUGGGGUACCACCAUCCAGAGACAAGACUUAAUGCUAUGUGGGGCUUGUCGAUCUACCAAAUUGUUGUGCAAAAUACCACUUGGUUUACAUGUAAUUGGAAUGGACUGUCAGGAAACCGCCACAUGCUUCCAAACAGAACCAGUGGAGAUGAUUCUGACAACAUCCAAGAGAAAAUGGAAGCAUAUGAGAAAGAAGGCUAUCCUGGUGGAAAUUUUCCAGAUGAAAACAAACACCAGGAAAAACUGCCUCAUUCAGCAAUGGAUCCCAAAUAUUUUUCUUGUGAUGCGCCAGUGCAUAGAAAUUGGACAGAGGGGACACUGCUCUGGAUUCAGCAUGAUUCACCAGAUCAAAAUAUAGUUCUGAUUAAUAUGACAAUACGGCGUUCCGUUCACUACUCACUGGAUAUGAAUGCUAAUCUUGUUUCUUUGAUCCUUCCAAGAGUAACUCUGGAAGAUGCUGGGAACUAUUCCUGCCAGUGGAAAAAUCAGACUUGCUAUUUUCAACUAGAGGUGAUAGCAAAGACAGUUGUUUUGCAUUGGAUGAUUUGGUCUGUAGCAAUGGGAUAUAUGGCUGUAUGCCUUGGCUCUGUUUUUUGCUUUCUAAAGCUCCGGCAAGUCAACCGAGCUCGCAGACAACAGAAAAAGUUGAUGAGUCAUAACAGGAGAAGAUAUUUUUAUGCCAAACGAAACAAAAGAUCUAUCUCCAAUAGGAUUAUGGUAUCUGCAGGAAAUGAUGAUGUCAUAGAGCAAGUUGAUGCCUAUGAAAACAUGCCGCCAGAUAUGUGUGCACAACGUGGCCAAAGGUUACUGCAGAAAGGAAAAAUCUUGCCUGAUACCCUCAAUUUGGAAGAUGAAGAAGUAUAUGAAUGCCCUGAUAGUGAAACUGAGCUGAAAUCAGAUGAUGAAAACUAUGAAAAUACUCAAGAAGAAGUGAAACCAGGAGAUGUAGCUCUGAAUGAUGUGCUCAUUUACGAAAAUAACAAGGACAAGGUGAAGUUUGAUCUUUACAACGGGAACUCAGCUGACUCAUGGUACUCCAACAAAACCGAGCAGGUCCUUGAAAAUGUGACCCAAGACCAAGACCCCAUUGCUGAAGACAAUGAAAACUAUAUAAAUUUGGAAGAAGAGUGUCCUAUGAACUCUGGUACAGCACGACUCAUAGCAGGUUUACGCUUCCAGCUGGCUCUGGACAUCCAUAAGGACAGGCAGGACGGAGACAGCGAACCUUCUACAGGGUCUCAGUCCUAUGAAGAGAUGAAUGGAUCCUUAUGCCCCACUGCUAGCAAGCUGUUUUACCUGCAUACCAACACAAGCAAUGAAGAGGAUGCCGACUCUUAUGAAAAUAUGGAAAGCCCCACGAGCCUCAACUCACGGAGAGAUGGCAUCUUGGAUCCACAUGGAGAAGGUUCUUCCUCUGGCUCCAGAUGGCCACACAUCUCUGUUCCUUUUGGAGGUGAUCUCAGAGGUGGAUUGCUAUGCUCAGACUAGUAUUGCCACAGCAUGAGAACAAGCUGGGAGCAAUUCCUUUCUUCUCUGAAUUAAAGAUAUUUCUACCCAGAAUUCUAUUCUGUUGUUCCAAGAGAUG